UCCUAUUUUGAAAAUAUACGCGAUAGCUUUUGUUUUUAUUUUAUUUGAUAUCGGUGUUUUUGCUGACUGUGCUGUGGAUGUGUUGAGUGACAAUUUAAUUUUUAUUUCGAUUUUUCAUACAUUUUAAUGAACUGAGGAUGGCGAAACCGAGUACCAAAUGUUUACUAGUCUUAUUUAUCAGUGUGAUAUGCGCCAAGGCUUUUGAUGACAUUGACUUGGAACUUGGAUAUGGAAUCAUGGGAAAAUUAUUAAGGGCAAUGGAGAAUCAAACAAAGUCAGAUACUCUAAAUCUGCCAGCGAAUGCGUCGUCUAUUCGGGAAAAUAUUACAGAUACUUUUAGCUGCGAGAACAGAACGUACGGAUACUAUGCAGAUGUAGACAAUGACUGCCAAAUAUUCCACGUGUGUCUACCCACACAGACAGCAUCAGGUCGAAGCAUUACAUAUAGAUGGAGCUUUAUCUGUCCCAAUGAGACUGUUUUCAACCAGGAAGUCCUGGUUUGUACAAGGCCACGAGAUGCUAUCGACUGCGCAGACUCACCAAAUUACUACGAUCUAAACAUGGAAAUUGGUAAAGAAACAAAUGACACUAAAUCCGAAACAAAUGACAAAGAAAUGACAAACACAGAAAACAUGACAAACACAGAUACUAACAAAGACUCAGAAAUGGUCAACCAACAAAUUAAAGAAAGGAAUAGGGAAAGAAUAAAACAACAUAGAAGGAAACCAGCCAAUAAAAGAAAACAAAACUUGAUAGCACAAAGCCUUUUACAAGAAGUCGUUAAAGAAGUUGAAAAAGAAGAUGUAGCUGAUAAAAAUAUGGAGCUACCGUAUAUGAAUCCGGAAAUAAUAGAAAUUGAACCUAAGAUAGAAAAUGUUAAUGAUGAAGUAGGUACAGUGGAUAAUACUGAAGAGGAUUUUGAAAACGCCAGGCUAUUUGCAGAAAGGAGUUUAAAGACGAAAGGAAGAAAGUUAAAAAGAGGGUUAUUUAGGUUUAAGGCUGAUGUGUAGGUUAAGUUUAGGUUUACAAAUGCAAUAAUAAGAUUAAUUGAAUUAUGAAUUAAAAGGAAAACCAGC